AUGAAGUCCACGGUGUCGUACUACGAUUUAUGCUUAUGCCUCUUCUUGGCUCUCCUCUUCUAUGCCGUCCUACGCGCCGUUUCCGGCAGCGGCGGCACCAAGCAUCCCCGCUUGAGGCUGCCUCCCGGCCCGUGGCAGCUGCCGGUCAUCGGCAGUCUGCACCACCUGGUGCGCGGGCUCCCGCACCGCACCAUCCGCGACCUUUCCCUCCGCCACGGCCCACUGAUGCUGCUCCGGGUGUGCGAGCGUGUGGCCAUCGUCGUCUCUUCCGCAGAGGCCGUGAGGGAGAUCUACAAGGGCAACGAGGCCCUCUUCUCGGAGCGGCUAAGUAGCCCGGGAAUCGACGAGAUCUCGAGGCAUGGCCAAGGGAUCGUUUUCGCGCCCUACGGCGACCACUGGCGCCUGCUUCGUCGGAUCCUCGUGACGGAGCUGCUCAGCGCGCGGCGCGUCGAGGCGUUUCGACGCAUCCGAGAGGAGGAGGCGGCCCGCCUCGUAUGGUCCGUUCAGGCGGCGUCAUCGCCUUCUGGUGGCGGACUCGUGAACAUCAACGAGCUGCUCGACGAGUUCAUGACAGACUCGGUUGUGCGCGCCAUCUUCGGCGACAAACUGCCCGACAGAGCCGCGUUCCUUAGGACUGUCAGACAAGGAGUGCAGCUGUCGUCACUGUUCGAUCUCAGGGACCUCUUCCCUUCAUCGCGGCUCGUGCGGCUUCUGCCACGCAGAGGCGGCAAGGCGGAGCGGCAGCGUCUAGAGGCGUUCAGGCUCAUGGAUAACAUCCUCAAGGCUCACGAAGAGAGGAGGGUGGCCAGAGAUGAAGACCAGGAACAGGACCUGGUCGACGUGUUGCUGAGUAUCCAGAGAGAAGGCGCCAUGCGAGUUUCGCUUACCGACGGAGUCAUAAGGGCAGUGCUGCUGGAUGUCUUCGGUGCAGCACUUGAUACCACAACGACUCUUCUGCAAUGGGCGAUGGCCGAACUAAUGGCAAACCCAAAGGUGAUGUUGAGGGUGCAAUCAGAGACACGAAGCGUUCUCACAGGACAAUCCACAAUACAAGACUCUGCGCUAAAGGACAUGAAUUACCUCAAGGCAGUUAUCAAGGAAACGUUGCGUCUACACCCUCCCGCCUCUUUCUUUACAAGAGUGUGCCUGCAAAAUUGCAAGAUUCAUGGGUAUGACAUCCCAAGAGGGGCAACUGUACUAACCAACAUAUGGGCAGUAUCUAGGGACCCGAAGUACUGGGAUGAACCAGAGAUGUUCAGGCCGGAGAGGUUCGAAGGCGACGGCGAUGUCGAUUUUAGAGGUAUGGACUUUGAGUUCACUCCUUUCGGGGUUGGGAGGAGGAUUUGUCCGGGGAUAGAUUUUGCCCAUACAAGUAUUGAGAUGGCUCUGGCUAGCCUUCUUUACCAUUUUGACUGGGAUCUGCCUAAAGGAGUUGAACCAGACAAAAUAGAUAUGACAGAGGUGUUUGGAGCCACUCUUAACAGGAAGGCCGACCUAUUUCUGCGUCCAAUUCCUUAUGUUCCUCUGUAA